UUCAAGGGAGGCGCCCUCCGUCUGUUGCAGACUGCUCUCUAUGCACUCUGCUUCUGCUGUGCCGCCAUCAUCAUCGGCAUCUUCAGUUACUUCUUGGCUGUCCUUGCAGACCACAACCUCGAUAUCCCCACCAAGUGGAAGGCAGUUGAGGGUAUCGCUGGUGUCAUUACUCUGUACACCAUUUGCACUACACUCCUGACCUGCUGCUUGGCUGGUAUCGCUUUCCUGUCCGCCCUUGGUCUGCUCUUCGAUAUUCUCUGCAUGGGUGGCAUGAUUGCCAUUGCCGUCUUGACCCGCCAGGGAGCCAAGAGCUGCAGCAACUAUGUCAAGACUCCUCUCGGUAACGGACCUGCUGGCAACGCCAUUGCCUUCACUGAGGGUAGACACAACUACGACCCCAGCCUCCGCACCGCUUGCAAGCUUAACAAGGCUGUCUUCGCUGUUGCCAUUGCCGGUGCUGUUCUCUUCCUUAUCACUGCCAUCAUGCAGCUCGUCCUCAUGAAGCACCACAAGAAGGAGAAGAGAUUCGGCCCUAGCCCUUCCAACGACUACACCUCCGGUACUGCUCCCAGACGUGGCCUCUUCGUCCGCAAGCCCAAGACUGUUGUUCCCACCGACGACUACGCUGAGAAGGGUGUUAUUGGCACUGACCCCAACCCUCUUCCCGUUGGCCACACCAUCCGUCCUUCUCACGACACCGCUUACUCUGGCAACACC